CACGUCGAACACCUUUCUCGCUUUUAUUCACUUCGUUCAUUUCACGCUUCAUCAUCGGUGGUUGCGACGAGUCCGGGACACUACAUCCUCUUCGUAACACCUCUCUCUAUCUCUCUCUCUCUUUCCCUCUCUCUCGCGUCUGCGCGUGCGUGCGUGUGGCCAUGAACGGGGGCGCCGACGCGGGGGCGGGGGACCGCGAGGCCUUGGAGGCUGUGCGCGCGGUGGUGCUGAAGCCCUCGGAAACCCUAGACGAGGAGCGGUUCCCGAGGAUCGCCGGAUACGACUUCAACUCCGGCGCCGACAACCUCCUCGGCCUCCUCGCGUCCAUGGCCUCCACUGGUUUCCAAGCCUCCAACCUCGGCGACGCCGUCACCGUCGUAAACCAGAUGUUAGAUUGGAGGUUGUCUCACGAGAAGCCGGGUGGAGAUUGCGACGAGGAAGAGCUCGAUCCUGCUUACAGAGAAUCGGUUAAGUGCAAAAUCUUUUUAGGAUUCACUUCGAAUCUUGUAUCUUCUGGGAUUCGGGACAUAAUUCGGUUUCUCGUGCAGCAUCGGAUGGUAGAUGUCUUGGUUACAACUGCUGGUGGUAUAGAGGAGGACCUAAUCAAAUGCCUUGCGCCGACAUAUAAAGGUGACUUUUCUCUGCCCGGAGCAUUGUUGCGCUCAAAAGGAUUGAAUCGAAUUGGAAACUUAUUGGUGCCUAAUGACAAUUACUGCAAAUUUGAGAAUUGGAUUAUGCCACUUCUCGACCAGAUGUUACUAGAACAAUCUACGGAGAAUGUAAUUUGGACACCAUCAAAGGUGAUCUCCCGCCUUGGCAAAGAAAUAAAUGAUGAAAGCUCCUACCUUUACUGGUCAUAUAAGAAUGGUAUACCUGUUUUCUGCCCGGCAUUGACUGAUGGAUCAUUGGGGGACAUGCUGUACUGCCAUUCAGUUCACAAUCCUGGUUUACUUAUCGACAUUGUGCAAGACAUUCGUGCGAUGAAUGGAGAAGCUGUUCAUGCCAGUCCAAGAAAAACUGGGAUUAUGGUUCUUGGAGGGGGGCUCCCGAAACACCAUAUAUGUAAUGCUAAUAUGCUGCGAAAUGGUGCGGACUAUGCUGUUUAUAUAAACACAGCACAAGAAUUUGAUGGGAGUGACUCUGGAGCUCAGCCGGAUGAAGCUGUUUCAUGGGGAAAGAUUAAAGGUUCAGCUAAAGCCAUUAAGGUUCAUUGCGAUGCAACUAUUGCUUUUCCUCUUCUAGUGGCUGCGACAUUUGCGAGAAAAUUGCAACAAAAGACUAAUGCAGCGAGCCGAUGAUUGUGUUCGGAUGAGGGAAUACUAAGCUUGUGGACUCACUUUUCGACUUUCGUGAUCUUGUGAUUGUCAAUUUUGAUAUAUAUUAUUUCUGAAGGCAAAUGCAAACAAAUGAUUAUUUAUGUUGGUUUUGCACUUUAUUGCAACCAAAUAUGAGAUGUCCCUUGGAGCCUGUCUCCAAAUAACUAAGCAAGGUCUUAACUUUGCAAUUUAGUGAUAAACUCGCCAAUUUUACAGAGGAUUUUUUCACCUGAUAUUUUUUGGGAAGAGAUGCAAUUAUUAGAACUACAGAGAACUACAAUAUUUUCAAA